UCUGCAUUUUCUAUGGCUAUAAUGGGGGACUUUUGGGGCCUUUAUGGAUUUUUGUUCUCUAUGUUUACAUCAUGAACAAUUUAUUUCCGAGUCUCUCUGAAAAAUUAAAUAAAUUCGCUACGCGACAGAAAAUUUGAUAAAGAGAUUAAGCAGAUUUGAAAAAAAAGUUUGUUAACGCAACGAAACUGUGUUAAUAAAUAUUCAUUAAGGAUAUAACCUCUUUUUGGAAGAUAAAUUGUAGCGUGAAACGCUAAUAAAGCUUAUUUUUUGAUAAUUAGAUUGUUUAUCCAUUUAUUAGCAAGAUGGAUAUUCUGAAAGCGGAGAUAAUGAAGAAACGCAAGGAAUUGGAAGAGAGCCAUGUCUUGGAAAAUAAUAAGAAAUACUUUAAAAGGAGUCAGCUGAUAUCUAAGCAACAGGAAGUGCACGAGACUGACAAGGGGAGCAAUGAAGAUGCUCCUUCCAAUGACAGUCAGCAUUCGGAAGAACAUGUAACAGACAGCAGCUCGGAACAUUUGCUAUCCAGACAGGAAGUAAUCAGGCGAUUACGUGAACGGGGAGAACCCAUAUUGAUAUUUGGUGAAUCUGAGAUUGAAGCAUUCAAAAGAUUGAGAAAGUGUGAAAUUCUUGAACCAGAAGUGAAUAAAGGAUUUAGAAAUGAUUUUCAAGAGGCCAUGGAACAAGUGGAUCAAGCAUAUCUCAAUGAGAUCUUGACAUCUUCUAAAUCCCAAAAUCUUGAUGGUAAGGGAGAUGUGAAUGUACCUGAUGAGGGUGUUACUUAUGAAGAUAUAGAAAAAAUGUCGACGAAACUGAACAAGGGAGACAAAGACUUUGAUAUGAAUGUAAUUACUCUGUUUGUACAAUAUUUGGUUCAAAUGUGGGGCAAUCAAUUAAAUAGCCGGUCAACCGCCGAGAAGAUGAGCACGAAGGGGAAGAUGAACAGCGCUACGUAUGCUCAAACAAGAGAAUAUUUAAAGCCGCUCUUAAGAAAGCUGAAAAACAAAUCUCUUCCAGAGGAUAUAACUGACAGUUUAACAGAAAUCGUUAAGCAUCUAUUACAGCGUAAUUAUAUAUUGGCUAGUGAUGCCUACUUGCAAAUGGCAAUAGGCAAUUCUCCAUGGCCUAUCGGUGUAACUAUGGUUGGUAUCCAUGCUCGUACCGGUAGAGAGAAGAUCUUCUCCAAGAAUGUUGCUCACGUUAUGAAUGAUGAAACUCAGAGGAAAUACAUUCAAGCACUCAAGAGACUGAUGACUAAAUGUCAAGAAUAUUAUCCUACAGAUCCUUCGCGUUGUGUAGAAUAUUCAAAAAAUUAGAUUUCCUACACGCGCGAUAUAGCAUUUUCUAUGCCAUAGAAAAAUUUGAGCAGUAAGAUUUAAACAGAAUUGAUUAAACAUUUUUAACAAUAAUUUUACAUUGUGAUUAGUUGAUUCGCUUACUACUUAAAUUUUUUGAGUUAUUGCCUUAACAUGUACAAAAUAAAUAAGACAAUCAAAUUUAAGUUUGCAUGUAGAUAUUGUAAAUUAUUAUUAUUAUUAUAAAUAUUCAGAGCAACAUAUUGUUAUAAACCUUAAUUAUAAAAUAAUCUGUUACCAAUUUGGAACUUUUUUCUGAGGUAAUUAACAUGAUGUAUAUAUUUAUUUUUGUAUAUAUAAACUUUUAUAAAUUAUAUCACUGAAUUAUAUCACGUUUCGCAAAAAUAAAAUUCGCACUUAAAAAAAAACAAGACUUAGAAAAUUACAUGCUUGUAUUAUAUGAAUCUAAUAUCUUUAAAUAAUAUCUUUAAUAAAUGAAUACAAAAUAUUAUAUC